CUCGUUCUUUUUUUUUUUAUCUGUAAAAAAAUAGUCAUGAUUUCACAAAUAAAAAAUUUGUUUAAACAAAAAAAGACGUUUCCUAGAGAUGAAGAAGAGAAGCAAAAGAAUAAGGAUGUAGCAACGCGUAUUGUACAAGAAGAAAAGCAAAGAAAGACUAUUAUGCCUCAAUAUCCUGGACUAGAAAGAUUUGACAUCAUAGAAAAGAUUGGAGAAGGUGCAUUUUCAUAUGUAUUCAAGGCUAGAGACACAGUAACAGAUCAAGAAGUGGCUAUUAAAGUAGUUAGGAAAAGAGAAUUGGAUGCAUCUGAGAACGGAAAAGCUCACCUACAUCCAAAUAUGAAAAAGAAGACAAAAGCAACAGAAAGAGCUAAUAUUCUUAAAGAAGUGCAAAUCAUGCGAAAUAUCAAGCACAAGAAUAUUGUUCAACUCAUCCAAUUCUCUGAAUCAGAUGAUUAUUACUUUUUGGUCUUGGAAUUAUGCCAAGGAGGAGAACUGUUUCAUCGUAUCGUCAAAUUGACGUAUUUCAGUGAAGAUCUUGCAAGACAUGUCAUCACUCAAGUAGCUGAAGGUAUUCGCUAUCUUCAUGAAGAAUGUGGCGUAGUUCAUCGUGAUAUCAAACCAGAGAAUAUCUUAUUUGAACCUAUUCCUUGGAUCCAACGUGAGCAGGUCGCGAAUCCAUUUGGUGAUGAAGAUAAAGUAGAUGAGGGUGAAUUUAUAGACGGUGUCGGAGGUGGCGGUAUUGGUACAGUCAAGAUUGCUGACUUUGGUUUAUCAAAAGUCAUCUGGGAUAAUUCAACAUUAACACCUUGUGGUACCGUUGGCUAUACUGCCCCUGAAAUCGUCCGCGACCAAAAAUAUUCAAAAGCAGUCGACAUGUGGGCCAUUGGUUGUGUACUCUAUACCAUCCUUUGUGGUUUCCCUCCAUUCUAUGAUGAAUCAAUUCGUGCACUUACACACAAGGUGGCCAAGGGUGAAUAUACUUUCUUGAGUCCCUGGUGGGAUCCUAUCUCCCCAGCUGCCAAAGAUCUCAUCAGCAACUUACUCUGUGUCGAUCCUGAAAAACGUUAUACGAUCAACGAUUUCUUUAAACAUCCUUGGGUCACUAAAUCUCAAUUCCCUCCACCUGCUCCACAAGAGAUAGAUAUUCCUGCUUCUAUCAAGCACAAGCCAAGUAAUGAUCCACGAGCACGAGCUAUGCAAAAUGCAGCAGUCAAGGCAGCAGCUACUCAAGAAGAACAAAAGAGACAGAACCAGUUUCAGACGGAUCUUACACAACCUGGAACGACAAAAGCGACAAAACGUACAGAUGUCUUUUCUCCAGGAAUCUCAUCUAUCAAGGAAAUAUUGGACAUCACGUAUGCAGUACAACGUAUGGGAGAAGAAAAGAAAAUGCGCACACCAGUUGGUCAUACGAAUCGUACGCUUGGUGGAUACGAUUCUAUUUCUGAAGAAGAAGAAGAAGAAGAAGACGAUAAACAUCAUGACCCAACAUUUGGUAUUCAAAAAGAAGUCAUUGCCAUGGCAGAACAGUUAGUGCAUGAUAAGAAGGGUGUUGCACCUGCUUCUGUUUAUCCCAUUGCCCAACAACCAAAGAAUAGAUAUGAAAACACAAUAUCCACACCAACAUCAAGAAGAAAACGCAAUAUAUUUGAACUUGAUAUGAACAAGGCAACCUUGCUAAGAAAUAGACGCUUACAUCAUCAACAACAAGAAAAUUAA